AUGGCCUACACAAAAGACUACUACCAUAUCCUGAGCCUCGACGCACCAGGCUGGCGCCAGCCCACAAACCAAGCCAACAAGACCACAGCAGCAGCAGCAGCAGACCUGCGACGAGCAUACAAAGUAGCGCUACUCGCAGCGCAUCCAGACAAGAAGAAACAAGAUGGCAUCCCUACCACUACGACUACAAAGACGAAGAAGCCUGUAUACACGGUCGACGACGUAAAAGAAGCAUACACGAUACUUGCGGAUCCCAAGACACGAGCCGAAUACGAUACUUGGUUCCUUCAUAAUCGGCAUACGCUGCCUUCUGAUUCUUCUGAUUCUUCGGUAUCCUCGAUGUGGGAGCAGGCACAGGCUACUAGUCAGGAUUUCAUACUCGGUCUUGAACUUGUUGAUUUGAGCGAUUUCGAGGAGGUCGAGCUGAGAACAACGACCAUGUCUACGAGUGAAGAGGAUGACGGGGUAGAGUGGACGAGGGGGUGUCGGUGUGGGGAUGAAAAAGGGUUUAGGAUUGUAGAAGAAGAAUUGGAGGAUGCGCAGCUGAGGGGGGAGAAUGAGGUGCUGGUGGGUUGUCGGGGUUGUAGUUUGUGGCUGAGGGUUGGGUUUGAGGUUGAGGAGGGGUGA